AUGAGCUUUGGCGUUUACCGCCCCCAAAUGGGUGUGGCAAGUGGAAUGCGCGUGCUGUGCAGUGACCAGUCCUUGCAGGAGCAGCGCCGCGUUGCUGAGUCCAACGGGCGGCAACAGGCCCCUGUUGUGAAUCCAAUCACCGGCGAGAUUGCCGGCGGCGUCCCGGAGCCAAAGACGACGACGCGACGCCCACCCUCAGGAUGUCGUAAGCUUCAUUUUUUGUGGGAGCGUUCUUGUCAACAGUGCAACCAACACUGUCAAUGA